AUGAGACUAGCGGAUUUCAACGGUCUCGUUGCUUUUAUUACAGCAAUAAGCUCGAUAUUUGGGUUAGCUGCUAACACAAUCAACACUUCACAUACGCCUUUCAACCUUUCAUUCGUCAAUGCAGUUUCUCAAAAUAAAAAUCCCUCAAUCGUCAUUGAUAAACUCACCGCCACCGCCCGUAUCAUCACUGCAAUCUCCGUGGAAAAUGGUCUAUCGGAUGGAUCGAUUCCUGUGGACAGUGUGAUUGCGGAACUUCUGAACAUCGGAUCUGAGGAUUUUAAAAGUUUGCUGAAUUUCAACCAAACCCGUGUGUCAGACUUUCUGGAUAAGCUGGAAAAGGUCAGAUUGUCAAAAGAUUCACUGGAGGUAGAAGUUGGUAUCGUUAACGCAUAUGAUGCGGGUAGAAAGUGGAAAGAAAUCAAAGACUUGGAUAAACUGCCGACUAGGGAUGCAUAUAAGAAAUUAGAUGAUAUCAAAAACAUCGAUUUAUCCAAAUUGAAAGGUAUCGAUUUUUCCAAGGUAGCAGCUGCUGUUCAAAAAUCAAAAAUGGAGAAUGCCGAUAUCACCAAUCUGAAAACUUUUCUGGAAGAAACUAACGAAAAAGUCAAAAUUGUCAAGUAUUCUGAAGUUCUUGGAGUUCUGGAGCAGCUAAAGCCAUUGGAAGAAGUAUAUGAAGUGUUCAUUGCCCUCAGACAUUUACCAGAAUUGGAUAUCAAAGCUACUGUUAAGAGUGGAAUAACUAACAAUUUCGAUUCCGUGAAAGAUAUUCUUUCUUCACUCGAUUUGAUGGCUUUUGAAGUAUUGAACAAUUUGAUUCAAUCUCGGGUCUCUCCCCAUCCAAUUGAUCGUCCUCAUACAACUGGCUUCAUCAAUGGAUUCAAUGAUGUGAACAAACUUUCCGGUGACAUUUCUAACAAGUGGAUCCAAUCCAAUCUUCCGAAUAUUUCAAAUACCUUCACAGAUGAUAAACUUCUCACAGAACUCACUCCAGGUAUGGACAAAUUGGAUACCAAAUGGAAGGAAGUGUCGACAAGAAACAUCCUUCAAUCAUUGAAACAAGUCUCUGAAUUCAAUAAGAUGAUUGAUUCUAUCAAGGAGGUUCCGUUGGAAGACGGAAUGGGAACAACAUUUGGAACAGCCGAAGGGUGUAGACAGGCUUUGGCUGGAAAUGUGGUCCCUGAGCUAAAAUCAAUCAUUGAUAUUGAGAAACUUGCCAGGAAAAAACUGUCCUCUCUCCAAAAAGUUCAAAAGAGAUUCGUUGCUCUGGAACCUAUUAUCAAAGUGUUAUCCUCCCAAACUUCAGCAGAAAACUUGGCAAAGCUGAAAAAGUUUGUGUUGGAAUUGGAAAAAGACUUGACAGAGGUGACAGACGGGACUCCUAUUAACACGUUGAAAUUUGAAACUAACAAGAAAUGGACUUUUCUUGAAUUUGAUACCGGAUCGAUUGCAAAAUAUAAGACACAACUCAAUUGCUUUAAUAACAUGGGUGCUGAGUUGGAAAACGUGGCGACCAUCGCAAAGUCAAUUGCAAAAAUCGGGGAAAUCAGAAAAGACGGUGAAGUGUUGAGGAAUGUGAAGAAGGCAUCGGAUGCGAUUUCUCAGUCAGGGGAGUCGUUGGUUUCAAUCCGCAAAACAAUGAAUUCAAUCAAGGCAAAUGUUGGUGAUGAGACGAAAAGGUUCAGAGGUCUUAUGGAUUAUUCGAAACCGUUUGGAGAAGCUGUGACUGCAUUGGUGAUGGCUGAUGUUGCAUCAAAGAAGACUGCAGAAUUUGAAUCGUUUGAGAAAGAUGGGAAUGAGAUUGAGGGCCAAGUGGGCAUGGAGAACGAUGAGGAAUUCAAAAAGACGUUCAAACAGAACUGGGGAGAUUUCGGAAAAACUACAGAUGAAAUUAAGAAAAUGUUAGAUGGGAUCCAGGAUUGGAUCAAGAAAAUUGAGGUGUCUGAAAAUGCAACAUUCCAAGAUCUCGGUGCACCAUUCUCUUCUGCUCCAAACUUUGUCGACGUGGAUUUGAUGGGUGAGAGUCGUAUUGAUGCGAUUGAAUCGUUUGAGAAAAUAGUCAAGACCACUGCUACUACUGAACAGAAUAAACUUCUUGACAAGUUCAAGGAGUCGUUGUCGGAGUUGUCGAAGAUGGACCUGAAGUUUACGAGGUUCCAGAAAUCGGUGGAUUCGAUGAAAGCGACAAUUGGAAAAGUGGUUGAAGUACUGGAUAAGGUGAAGAAUGAAAUGGAAGAGGUGCACUUGAUGCCGGAGUUUGAUAUCAAACGAAAUAAGUAUAACCCCACCACCCUAUACGUUUUCCUUGGUCUUCACGGUUUCGGCUGCCCCUGGCUCUUUUGGGUUCUUAUGUGCUAUCGAAGCGAUGCGAAACGACUUCGUGAGGAGAUGGAAGAGAAUAAGAAGAAUAGAAAGAAGACGUCGAAGAAGAGUAAAAAGAAGAAGAAGAAGCAUUCAAGAAAGUGA